UCUCAGCUAAAAAUCUGGGACAAAAGAUAAACAAAAACAAAUAACAUUGAAAGGUAGCCGAAUGUCGAACAAGAUGUUGCGGGUUAAACGAAUAAUGUUAAUUUUAGGCAGAAAUAAGCACAGCAAAACUCAUUGGUCACAAGCCCAGAAGAAACAAUUUUCCAAAGAUCGGGCGCUAGAAAAUUUCGAUGACUUCUACGGUCAGGUUUUCGGAAACCGAUGGAAAAGCAUCCGGGUGGCUUUGUUGACCGAACACAAGUACAUGGGACUGGUCAAUCAGUUUGGAGAUUCCGAAGAAACCGUGGCUUUUCUAGAGGCAGAGGGAGCUAUUAAUUUGCGGGAUAUUUAUAAUGCAAAGAAGAGUUACCUGGCAGAGAAUGCCGAGCACAUGUCUUCGGGAAAUAAAGUAUUCAAAAUAGAUCAAAGGGUAGAAGCGUUUGCGGAAAGCCAGCGAGCGCAGGAAGUUGAGCGAUUGUAUAAAGACGAUGAAGCGGCAGCAUUACAUAAGCGGAUGGAUAAUGAGAAAAUGUCCGAUGAAAGUGUUGUAGACUUCAAGAAGUCGUUAAGUCGAACGCUUCAAGAGAACACGGAAAUGGAUUACCAACGUUUGAUAGAUCCUAACAUAGGAACAUCUGCUCUGCAUGAGUUUAUACCUGCGACAAGUUUGAAGGGCAUGGAGGAUUACGUGCCGGAAUCUGACCAUUACAAAUAUUACAGCAAUCAGGCAGAUUUUCCUCUGUCGAUAGAAAUGGAGCAAAGCUUUGAUUUUCCUGAGAACUUGAACGUUUACACUUACGAGAAGGGGAAUGUUUCCACUUUUAGACCACCUCGCAAGUGCUCGACAGGUGUAUUAUCACAUUUUCUAUUCGAUGGCGCUUCAAUUCUUCCUGCGUUAGCUCUGGAUGUUCAGCCGGGAGAUCGUGUCCUGGAUGCCUGUGCAGCUCCUGGCGGAAAGUCUCUCCUGCUUCUGCAGACCCUCCGCCCCGGAACGCUAGUGUGCAAUGAUCUUCAGGAAAGUCGCGUGAACCGCAUAAAACGGUUAAUGAAUGGUUAUUUCUACGACUUUGGCGAGAAUUGGAAAAAGAGACGAUGUUUUAUAACACAAGCAGAUGCUCGCCAUUUGCAGGAAUAUGAGAUGUAUGAUAGAAUCCUGGUGGACGUUCCGUGUACCACAGAUAGGCACUCGGUUACGGAGAACGAUAACAACAUUUUCAAGACUAGCAGAGUUAAGGAGCGUCUACGGAAGCCGGAGGAACAAGCCGCUAUUUUGGCAAACUGUUUGAAACUGUUGAGACCCGGCGGAACUUUAGUUUAUUCGACUUGCAGUCUCAGCCCUGUGCAGAAUGAUGGUGUUGUACAUAUGGCACUAAGCUCCGUUUUCAGCGAUACCGGGAUGACCGUGACUGUAAAAGAGUUGAAUUCAGUUAUGCAACCAUUCUCAGACGUUUACAAAUUUGCUCAUCCCAACACGUUGAAGUACGGACAACUGGUGCUUCCAUUUCUGCCUGCGAAUUUCGGACCCAUGUAUUUUUGCAAACUGGUGCGAAAUAUACAAUAAUUUUUGUAAACUUCAUUAAUGCUUAAGAAUAAGAAAAUAAGAAAUAGUUUACUCGGAAAUAGAGUUCGAUCAA